GCGCAAAGCACUCCACUGUGUCCGCCUCUCGCUUCAUGAGAGCUAGCACACUUGCACAGAAGGGUUGAGCAGAUUGCCGUAUUCGCCAGUGCGCACUGGAAAGGAACUUGCUGAGUAAAAGGAUGUCGAUCUGCCCAAAAAUUUUCUCAAGAUGGACUGGCAAAUGUGCUGCCUUCCACAUCACGCUACUCCAAAACAUUCGGCUGGCAUAGGAACACAGAAAAAUAUUCUUCGCCAUUUUCUCGGCGAAAUGUGUGCUCUGCGUCCACCGACCCCGCUGCCAAGCUGCAGCUGCAGAAAUGGCGCUCUUCAGUUUAAUGGGGCUGCAUGCUGCGGUUUGCCAUCCAGGAACGUACAAGGCGGUAGAAUUUGUCAUCAUAGCCGCACUCGGGGAUGCUGCUGGGAGUGGCUCUUCCUUCGGUUCGAACCGGUCUCCCCCGGGUCGAGAGAACAAUUGAAAAACCGAGUCGCUGGAACAGUCGGCACAGAGCGGAGAUUUCGCACAGACGUUCUAGUGUGUCAGCAGCAGCACCAGCACCAGCACAUAAUGAUGACGCACAAGCCGCUCCUCACUCGCUCGUUACCACUCCACACCUGGCACAUUUUCGAUACCCGUCCAUCUCAUGAUCACCGCGGCAGCAGAACCACCACGCCUCGCUGCGAUCUGCCUUCUCCCACACAUGCUUCUGUCCGUCGAUACAUGCUGUUGCUUCGAUGCUGCUGUAGUUGAUGCUGGUUUGCGAGUGGUUUGAGGCCGAGUACACAGAAGAUAGGCCCAGAGAGCGCCGCCGCUGGAUAAUGUCCUCGGGCGAUAGCGGUGCGGGCGGUGGGCAGUAGCCCGUGCGCUUCGUGGUAGCCGGCAAUAAGGGCUUGUGCUCGUCGUCAGUGUAGCCGCGCAUUUCGCCAAAAUAGUACAGAAAAAAAAGGAAAUAGUGGAAUUUCGCUAAAGAGGAAGGCAGGGGUUAA